AUGGCAAUCUCUUCCAACUCUGCCUCGAACGGACAGACAGAUGGACCACACGGAACCCGGAGUGAUCCCUUCAACCUCGAAGGGCCUGCACUGGACUUGACGGUCCUGGGGCUGAACAGCGGCACCUCUAUGGACGGCAUUGACUGCGCACUUUGUCGGUUUCGCCAGCAGGACCCUUCCGGUCCGGUGACUUUUGAACUCUUGAAGUAUGACGAGACUCCUCUUGACCAGCGAAUCAAGAGACGGGUGAUGAAUAUGAUUUUGCAUAAUUCGACAUCGCCCGAAGAGAUUGCCGAGAUCAACGUUAUUCUCGGCGAGGCUUUCGCGAUGGCCGUGGAGGAAUUUACCACUAAGCAUGGUAUUGACAAAUCCGGCAUCGACGUCCUCGGAUCUCACGGGCUGACGAUAUGGCAUCUUUCCAUGCCGAAUGAGAACCAAGUCAGGACUACUCUCAGUAUGGCGGAAGGCGCAGUUCUGGCAGCUCGGACGGGAAUUACAACGGUAUCCGAUUUUCGGAUCAGCGAUGUAGCUGCUGGACGUCAAGGGGCCCCGCUUAUUGCAUUUUUUGAUGCUCUUUUGUUGCACCAUCCUACCAAGCUUCGUGCGUGUCAGAAUAUUGGCGGGAUUGCCAAUGUCUGUUUUAUACCACCUGACAGCCAGGGAGGCGUGGAUGAGUGCUUUGACUUCGAUACUGGGCCCGGAAACGUCUAUAUAGAUGCAGCAGUUCGACACUAUACCAAUGGCGAGCAGGAAUACGAUAAGGAUGGUGAAAUGGGAAAGCGCGGCCGAGUAAACCAGGAACUCGUGGAUGAAUUCUUGACACACCGAUACUUCGGACUGGAACCCCCAAAAACAACCGGCCGCGAAGAUUUCCGGGAUACUUUAGCCUUCGAUCUCAUUGCAAAGGGGCAGAAGAAGGGGUUGUCACCGGAUGAUGUUGUGGCAACCAUUACUCGAAUCACUGCGCAAUCGAUCGUGGAUCAUUACCGACGCUUUGCGCCAUCUCAAGAUAUCGAUGAGAUUUUCAUGUGCGGUGGAGGGGCCUUCAAUCCCAACAUCACAGAUUUCAUCCAAAAAAGCUAUCCAAACACCCGAAUUGUAUUGCUGGACGAAGCCGGUAUUCCUGGGAAUGCCAAGGAGGCGAUUACAUUUGCCUGGCAGGGUAUGGAAGCUGUGGUGGGGCGGUCAAUACUUGUCCCAGCACAAGUCGAAACCAGAAGAGAAUACGUGCUUGGGAAAAUAUCCCCCGGGGGAAAUUACCGACGGGUGAUGCAGAAGGGUAUGCUCUUUGGUGGCAGAGGGAGAAAGCUUCAUCCGGUUAAAGACAUGAUCAACAUUGUCGAGGGAAAGGUCUUUAAUAAUAAAUGGUAG